AUGAAUAACAUCAAACAACAACUUACAAAUAGGAAGAAGGUUACGCCUGGUGAUGAGUUAUAUAGAACCAUCCUAAGCCACUCUGAUACAUUGGAUGAACUUCAAAAGAAUUUCGAAAGACAACAACAACAAUUCUUUACAUCCGCCACUCAGUCCAAACAACUUGCCGAUGCAUUGAAGAGGUAUGGUGAGACGGCAUCAGGUUUCAACUCGAGGAUACCAUUGCAUGAUUGUAUGCAACGUGCAUCAGAGUGGCAGAACUCAUUGAGUGAUUGCUUCAAUCAUCUUGGCAAUGUCCUAUAUGAUAGGACCACACAGCCACUCAAAGAGACCAUCAGAAUCCAGGUCGAUGUCGUGAAGGAUGCCAAACACAAGCUGAAAAAGCUGACGCCAACUGGCGACGUAAACACCACCACUGGCGGCGGCGCAAGCAGCCAGCCAACCAGUCCACCAACAUCGUCGGCACUCAAGAGCACGCCAGACAGCAAGCGCGAACAGGACAUAUACGAUAGAGCACGCAAGGAGACUGCGCUAUUAUAUGGCGACUCGGAGCUGGCGCUGGAGAACUCGGCCAUCCAGACAAUACUCUCGGCCUACGAGGCCUACUCCGACUUUUUCCAAAAGGGUGCCUUCCAAAUGGCACGCAUCAAGGUGGACAUUGACAACUAUCGCAAGGUGAUACUCGAGACGAAUAGAGUGGCCGCAAAACUGCGUAACUAUAUCCCGCGCAAGACAUUUGGAGUCAAGUUGGAGGAGGUGUUUGCACGCGAGUCAACAAGACCCAUUCCAGUGUUCCUCGAGGAGAUCUUCCAAUACCUGGAGAAGAGUGCACCAGCCAUCGAGGGCAUAUUCCGAGUUGGCGCAGGCAAGUCAUCAAUAGAGAUGUUACAACAGAAGAUUGAGAUGAGUCAACCCUUGGACCUACACACAAUCCUCGAUCCUCAUGUCGUCUCCUCCGUCCUCAAACUAUUCUUCCGCUCACUACCCGAGCCUGUAGUCCACUACACCAUAUACCAACAUUACCUCUCUGUAUCAAAACUACCAUCAUCCGAACAUAUUCCUCAAUUGAGAAGACUAGUGUCUUCAUUACCAGUGGCCAACCAGGUCAUCUUGCGCAAUGUACUAUCAUUGUGCAACACUAUUAGACAGAGCAAGGAGGUGACAAAGAUGGAUGUGAACAACUUGGCGGUGGUGUUGGGACCGGCUCUGCUUGAGCCAAUACCCAACCUCACAGUGGAGGAUAUUCAGAAGCCAGAGACAUUCGCAGAGUUCAACGCAUUGUUCAUCCUCAUGAUUGAGAACCAUCAUUCAAUCUUCCCAUCACAAUCAGUCAACAGCGAGCUGUCUGGCCGCAUCAGAGCGUUCACCGAGUCGGUGAUCCCACCCAAGCUCAACUCAGAGCUGUCACGCUCCAACCAAGACCUGAGCAGACCAAUACUCCUGUCACCUCCCAUCAAGUCCGCCACACUGGUACAGCAACAACACCUUGCACCAUCCACUGCCGUACUAGAGACAUCUGCAACAACACCAUCAUCAAUGCUCUCUGGCACCACAUCACCAAUGAGAUUCAAUACUCCUCGUAGUGCAAUUGGCAGUCCAGAGCAUAAUAGUAGCUAUCAUAUCUCAUUGACACCAGACUCGAGUCAUCAUGGAGCAGGUGGUGGUGGCAAUCAUACAUCACCCAAUCGAAAGAAGAGUAUGAUGCUCUCACGACAAGGCAGUGACUUCCUCAAACCAAUCGACAUGCAGAUACACUUUAUGAACAUCACCAGCAACUUCACACGUCUCAAGACCAUCGUAGACAACACCAACUCCACCGAACAAGGUAUCCACCUCAUCAAACUAUUCAAGAAGUUAUCAGAUAUAUCUAUAUCGAUACAGAAGAUUACAAGGUUUGCAUUUACGAGAGAUAGACCGGUGAUUGAUCAAGCUGAUGAUAAGUUGACAAAGGCAAAGAAGACAUUGGUAUAUACUUAUGAGAACAAUAUUGACUUGAUCAAAGAUGCCAAAGACAUUUAUGAAUCAUGUGAAGACAUCAAUGUAUCCAAAGAACUUGAACGUUUCGUCGCACAAUUCGACACAUGUAUCCUAGAAGAGUUGGAUGCAAUGAACAAACAACUACAACAACAAUAG